GGCGGGGCGGGGCAGCAAGCGGGGUAGGUUGUGACGAGCGCCUGGCAACCAGAAGAAGAGGCUUCUUCUUCACAGGGAGAAAAUCGUUAGAAAAUGCUUCCACUCUCGUUACUGAAGACUGCUCAGAACCAUCCGAUGCUCGUCGAAUUGAAGAAUGGGGAGACAUACAAUGGUCACUUGGUCAGUUGUGACAAUUGGAUGAACAUUAACCUGCGGGAAGUUAUUUGUACAUCCCGGGACGGGGAUAAAUUCUGGAAAAUGCCAGAGUGUUACAUCCGAGGGAGCACCAUCAAGUACCUCCGAAUCCCGGAUGAAAUCAUCGACAUGGUGAAAGAGGAAGUGGUGUCAAAGGGCAGAGGGCGCGGCAGCAUCCAGCAACAGAAACAGCAGCAACAGAAGGGGCGCGGAGGCGGAGCCGGGCGAGGUGUGUUCGGUGGCCGUGGUCGGGGAAUGCCAGGCGCCGGCAGAGGACAGCAAGACAAGAAACCCGGAAAGCUACCCAGCGGCAAAAAGCAGUGAGCGACAAGAUGGCGUCUCGUGCCCUCGGGGGUGUCCCGCCUGCUAUGAUAGCGAGCCACAUUCUGACUUGUUCGUUUUCUACACCAAUUAUUUUGAAGUUUGUAAAUGCCGGCACCCAGGUCAGCAAAUUGGGAUUUAGUGACUUAAGAUUUUUUUGUGAAUUAAAAUGCUACUUUACGAAGUCUUGGACAGCACAGAGAGAAUAACUUGGAUUUAAUAACCAUUCGGACGGACGUUUUCUUCUCUUGAGUCGAUAUCCUUUUGACUUAAGUAUCUUUUUCGAGUCGCUAACAUGUGGUUUGCAGAGCUACAGAUCAGGAGGAGUGAAGUCAGUGCAAGUGGGAAUGUUUGAAGCUGUUUAACUUGAAUUGGGUGUUAAGAGAGAAAUAGAGCUGAGUGGGAGUACAGUUGUAUGUCUAUCACCCGUUUCCUUUUCAAAAAACAUAUCAGGCCAGACAAUGGAUGUUUUCAGCCCUUCGCAGAGAGCGUAAGUUCAGGUUUAUGUUGGUCACAUAGGCAGGUAUCAGUUUAAAAUCCCAGCUCAAUUGUCCUUGUGUGAAAGGCUAAAGGCUCUACUUAAACAAGCUGAAACAAGUGUCGUACAUGGGAAACGGUUCCCAAGUAGAAGGGCGACUGUGGUUGUCUGUGGGAUCAUCCAUGCCUCCAUUCAUUUCCCCAUCGCUGUUAAAUUUGUAGUUUUUGCUCAGUGAAUGCUCCCGCAGAUGUGAUAUGAAAUGGCCAGAUAUUACGUCUGAGUAUCAAUGCUAUCUUUUCCCAUUUCACAGAAGCCUUCUCUCAAAUACACCUGAUAAGUUCUUUCAGACUGACUAAAGCAGAAGCCUUCAUUGAAAUAAAAGUCUUUUUUUUAACCAAAAAAAGUUAAAAAUU